AUGCAUGGACAUCAACGACCAGUGCCUUACUUGUAUAAUACAUCUCCGUAUACUGUUCCGUCUUAUGGAAAUGUAUCAUAUCAACCACCUUUAUUAGAUAUCAAUUGGUAUAAUACAUGGCCACGUAUUAGAACAGCAAUUUUAUCGAUUACAAUGCUUAUUUGUAGUGCAGCUAUUAUUAGUCUUGAUAUUGCUAAUGUAGCUAUUGAAGGAAGUAAACAUAAUGGAACUUCAAAAUUAGGUUCAGGACCAGGAAAAGUUGGUGCAGGUAUUUGGAGUGGAUCUGUAUCUUUCUUUGCUGCUAUAUUUAUUCUUGCAAUUAUAUGUGUCCGAAACAAACGUAUUGCUGCUACAUUUGCAUUAUUAGCUGUUACUUUAGCAUUCUUUUUUACUAUUGUUCUUAUUGGUUUGAUUGGUAAUAGUGUACAGAAUGAUUUCCAUAUAACUGAUCGUACGGGUGCACAAAAAAUACAAGAUAAACUUUUAAUUGCUAUACUUUCUAUUGCUUUAUUUAUGAUGAUACUUUGUAUACUGUUUUUUAUAUUGUAUAUUCGUGUCUUUUUUUCAGCAACAACUCGUCAAUCAACAAAAAAAUAUUGA